GUGCCGCAGUGAGCAUGAUCUGAUCAGUCUCUGUCCAUCCUGCACUACAUGCUGCUAUCUCGGGAUUGCUACACGCACGAUGCAGAGCGUUCCCGUGUUUAUGUCUCGGGACAGCGAUCCAUCCGCGGAACAACAUCACGUGUCCUUGGUUCGCGUCGCCGCGGGGAUCUUAUGCAACGUGGACGGGAGCUGUUUUCGUGAACCGGCGGUGACAUCAGGCUCGACCUGAGCGCGGCGCACCGGGGCGUGAGGAGGCGAGCGGGCCAAGCCGCCACCUUCCCAGACUGACAUUUUUGUGCGUCCUAACGAGAAAUCCAAGGCACGUGACGGCCAUGCAUCCUGCGAACUGCGUCACUGCAUGCGAGUGUUGCAGGUAGGCAGCAAACUCACCUGCCACCAGUAGAGGAGCACGCCUCCCGGCACCCAUCCUCCCCCCCUCCCAUCCUCCCAGCACAAUGUCGCCGGUAAGUGCUUGAAACAUUUACAAGGGAUGGAUUCGGCGGAUCAUUCAAGCGUAGAUCCGCCACUGGGAUCCACGUAUUCCUCGGCACCCAAUUUAGAUACGGAUAUUAACGCAAAUGCCCGUGGGCAUGUUUAUCAGAAUGGGACGGACCACAAUGUCAACAUGGAAAACGAAGCCCUGCGGGGAGCAAGUGACCCCAGCGCGUACCCCUCCAACGACUACCGGGCGCUGGUCCGCCAAAGGUUCAUCAGGCGGAGCCUGUGGGUGUCAGACGCCGAAGACAGCAGCCACUAUGCGGCAGACGCGCCGGAAUGUGUCCCGGACAUUGACCUGCGGACUAUCGUCGGUCGGACUCGAACCCGGGUUCUGCACGCGGCCCGCCUGGGCCUCCAGGAGAGCCCGAGCGCGGGGGGCCAGGUGGAGCCGAAGGACGGCGGCGGAGAGAGCGUGGGCGCCGAGGAGGAGGAGGAGGAGGGGGGGGACGGCGGCGGGGGCGAGGCCGGGCCGCAGGUAGAGGUCGCGAACUCCGAGGCCACAGGUAAAGCAGGAAGUGACGAGAACGAAGAGGAGCCCGGCAUGAAGGCUGUGUCCACUUCACCUGGAGGUCGCUUCCUGAAGUUUGACAUUGAGCUGGGGAGGGGGUCCUUCAAGACAGUCUACAAGGGUCUUGACACCGACAGCUGGGUCGAAGUGGCAUGGUGUGAACUUCAGGAACGGAAACUCUCCAAAGCCGAGAGACAGAGGUUCAAAGAGGAGGCAGAGAUGUUGAAAGCUCUCCAACAUCCCAACAUUGUGCGUUUUUAUGACUUCUGGGAAUCACCGGUUAAAGGAAAGAAGUGCAUCGUUCUGGUAACAGAGCUGAUGACCUCAGGGACACUUAAAACGUAUCUGAAGCGUUUUAAGUUGAUGAAGCCCAAAGUUCUUAGAAGCUGGUGCAGGCAGAUUCUCAAAGGCCUGCACUUCCUCCACACAAGGACUCCUCCAAUCAUCCACAGAGACCUCAAGUGUGACAACAUCUUCAUCACUGGUCCCACAGGCUCUGUCAAGAUAGGAGACCUUGGUCUGGCAACACUGAAGAGGGCCUCCUUUGCUAAAAGUGUCAUUGGGACGCCAGAGUUCAUGGCCCCCGAGAUGUACGAGGAGCACUAUGACGAGGCUGUGGAUGUCUACGCCUUUGGGAUGUGCAUGCUGGAGAUGGCCACCUCCGAAUAUCCCUACUCCGAGUGUCAAAACGCUGCUCAGAUCUACCGCAAAGUCACCAGUGGGGUGAAACCCGCCAGCUACAGUAAAGUCAGUGACCCAGAAAUUAAAGAGAUAAUCGGAGAAUGUAUCUGCCACAGACGGGAAGAAAGGUACUCCAUCAAGGACCUCCUGAAUCACGCCUUCUUUGCGGAGGACACAGGCGUGAGGGUGGAGCUCAAUGAAGAAGAUGAUGGGAAGAAAUCAUCCAUUGCCCUGAAGCUCUGGGUUGAGGAUACAAAAAAGCUGAAGGGGAAGUAUAAGGACACUGGGGCCAUUGAGUUUUCCUUUGACCUUGGAAACGAAGUCCCAGAGGUUGUUGCCCAAGAAAUGGUGGAAUCAGGGUUUUUCCUAGACUGUGAUGUGAAGAUUGUUGGGAAGUCCAUCCGUGACCGCGUGGCUCUCAUCAAAUGGAGGAGGGAGCGAACCGUCUCGUCAGGAAAUGGCAAAGCAGCCGUGAAGAGGCCUCAGUCGAACAUACUGCAGGUGCCCGGUACCGCAGCACCGCAGGCGGAUUAUGAGAACCAAGAGGUGGAGCCUCAGACCCUGAUCUGCACAGUGCCAGCCCCCACAUCUGACAGCGGAUUGAGCUCCGCAGUACGUUUAGAUGAUCUCAGCAGUCAGCAGGAUGGCCCCUACCAGUCACCUCCGGAGCCCAUCUCCACAACACAGCACAUCUACAGUCCUCCUGCACAGGUUGAGCCUCAGUCGCAGCAAGGAACGUACCAGCAGGCCCCGGCACAGGCCUCUCAAGAAAACCACACGCAAACCUCCACUCAAUUACACCAGGGAGCCUUCCAGCAGCUGCAUCCUGGGGCCUAUCAUCAGCCUGCAGCACAACUGCAACAGGAGUCCCAUCAGCCUCAAACAACAGUGUCGAGUCCGCCUACACCAGCCCCCAUCGUGCCCCAGAGCAGAGAGACAGAGACAACACAGAGUUUCCCAGCUGCAGCCCCUUCUCCACAACCACCACCUUCCGCCCAACCCGGCCAGGAGCAGGUACAGAUGACAGCACCACAGGGUAAUUUGGGAGAUUUUCACCUUCUGGCUCCAGUCCACUCCGCCGUGCCUGCGGUUCCGACUCCUCUCUGGGGAAGCAGAGUAGAUGCUUUAACGCCUGCAGCGGACCAAGACUCAACUGCUGCCCCAGCAGGUUCAGCUCCAGGCUCAAUCUCAGCUACAACCCAAGACGAAACUCAAGUCCCAGCACAAAACUCCGCUCUGGUCUCAGCACAAAACCAACCACCACUCCACGCGUCAACGAAAGCGGAGGUCAUGCCACCAACUCUGACCGCUGUUAACGGCCCAACUUCAGUCCCAACACAAGUUCCAGCAGAAGGUCAAACCACGACCACUGCUCCGGGUGAAGCACCAGACUCUGAAUCAGACCCUGCUCAAUUUGUGCAGCCAGCUGGGAACCAGACAGCGGCCGCAGUGCCUGAGUGUUCCAGCCAGGCUGCAACCUCUGCAACAUCUUCUCCAAGCACCCUGCAACAAGAUCCCCAUGUCGAGGAUGUGUUUCAGGACAAACUAGGAUCGUUACCAAGUUAUUCUUAUGACAGUCUCAAUUCUGACGUGGCCUCCGGUAAGGAAACAAGUGAUGGCUAUGACAGCUUGGCUAUUGGAGGGAAAGGAGACUUAAAACCCAGGAAACAUCAUCGCAAGUCUGCUCGCACGCGCUCCCGCCAAGAAAGAACCAGCAAGCCCAAGCUGAGCAUGCUCAAUGUUUGCAACACUGGCGAUAAAAUGGUCGAAUGCCAGCUGGAGACUCACAACCACAAAAUGGUGACGUUUAAAUUCGAUCUGGACGGAGAUGCUCCAGAGGAAAUUGCCACUUACAUGGCGGAGAAUGGCUUCAUCCUACCGUUAGAGAAGGAGAUCUUCAUUGACCAGCUGAAGGACAUUGUGGACAAAGCUGAAGACAUGCUGAGUGAAGACAUAGAGGGUGAACGGGCCUCCGCCUUGAGUUGUAGUCCUGAACAGGGCCAGAUUUCUGAGGCGCUGGUGGGAGAGAGUCAGCAGCCCGGAGCGCCUCAGCCCGUCUACCAGCAGAACGUGCUUCACACGGGAAAGAGAUGGUUCAUUAUCUGCCCGGUCGAGGAGACGCCCACAUCCAGCCAGGAGACCCCGACUGACGCCACAGCAACGCAGUCUCUCGGGAGUUCAGCCAUCGGCCAGCCCGCCGACAAUGGCGCCGCGAGGCCUUUUGCCUCCAGAGGAGAUGGGUCGUCCUCCACCAUGUCCAGUGAAAGUGGUGGCUUCACCUAUGAUUUGUAUGGAUUCUGUAGCCCUCCGAUAAUGUCCAAUACAGACCCUCUCUUCUUAGCUACCCUGUCCCCCCCCGUGUCUGCUCCCCCGACCCUCCCGUCAGGGGCGUUGCUGGAGCCUGUGGUGCAGCCCAGUGUCCAUCAGGCCCAGGCGCCCACUGCUCAAACUUUGCCCCCGUCGCUCCCUCCGGAUGAAUCGCGAGGGUCCCCCUUGGGCGCCGUCUCUCCGAUCCACGCAGCUCAGCAGAUGCCCGACGCGACGUGCCCCGUUUCCAUGGCCGACGAGGUGCCGUGCUGCCCCCUGGUCAUGCCCCUCUCCCUGGAUGUGAGCGGCUUGCAGGGCGGGUCUCGCCUGGCUCCUCUCUCUCUCCAGGAGCCGGCGUCAGCCAAAGAGACGCUGUCCCUCUCCUACGCCUCUGCGGCUCGCAGCGAGCGGCCCCAGCAGCCUGUGGUGCUGCACCAGCCUUUUUCCAGCGUGGGGGGGAACAAAGUGUCCUCAGUACCCCAGAGCCCGGCGCCAUCCCAGCACGGCACGGGCCCCGGCGAGUCUGAAGGCGAGGGGCGUCUGGGCCGCGGGGGCUUUGUGGACAGCACCAUAAAAACUCUGGAUGAGAAACUGAGGAACUUGCUGUACCAGGAAUACGCCCCCAUGUACCCAUCGGGCAGCGCUGCAGAGACUCCGGGGUCCGGCACCGAGUACAUCCAGUCCCCCCCCGGUCCGGAGAGCGCCGCGGGAGGGUCAGGAAACAGCACGCCAGGGCCGAUGGGGGAGGCACGCUACAGGGUGGGAGAACAGCUGCCUCAAAUUCCAGAGCGAAUGGACAGUUUAAGCACACUGAGUGACUCAGCUGUGUGCGCUUCUCUGUCAAGGAGACACGUUCCUCACUCCACUUCCUGCUCUGGCACAAGAGGCCGAUUCAAGAUUAUGUCUGUUCCACCUGAAGUUGCCAACCGGAGGGACGUGAAGCAGAGGAGCUGGAGCAGCGCCGCCUCCCCCGCCCACCCUGCAGGAUACGCUGAGCACCAGGUCCUGGCCGGAGCCAUGUCGGCAUCCUCCACCAUCGGCCGAUUCUCCGUGGGCAGCACCGAGGACGACAGCGCGCAGAGGACGCGGUGCAGCCGCUACUCCGCCCCGCCCGAUUUCUACCUGGACACGCCGCCGUCCGUGGCCAAGCGGGGCUCGCUGCCGCGCGCCCUGACCUCCGCCUCCGUCGCCGCGGACGUCACGGUGCACGCCGCCCGCUUCCUCUCCUCCGACUCGGGGGCCGAGAGCAGCCCUGCCAAGCUGGCGCCUGCCACCCCGUCCCGACACGCCCGCUCUGAGCGCAGAGGAAGUGACCUCAUGAAGAGGGCAGUGGCCUUCCUGCGUCGCCCGGGGCGCAGCAGCAGCGUGCAGAGCUCGGACUCACCAGGCAGGCGUGGGGGCGUGCACGGCUCGGCCUACGGCAGCAGCGACAACGACUCCGAGGUGGAAGACUCGGACAUGAAGAGAGAACUGCAGAGACUCAGGGAGAGACAUCUGAGGGAGAUCUCCGAGCUGCAGGCCCAUCAGCGGGGGGAAGUGGAGCUGCUGUAUCACCGGCUCGGCAAAGCCCCUCCGACUGGCCUUGGCCUCUCGCACGCUGCGCCGCUGGCCGGCCGGAGGAAGAGGUCCAGCAAGAACAGACUGAAGCCCGGCAAACUCCUCAGUCCUCUGGUUCAGCAAUUUAGAAACGUCACGACCAAAUCCAGUGACUGCAGCAGAUCCAGUGGCGCUACGGGUACAGGUGAGCCCGCAGUGAGCUUGAAUGGCUCACCAGGCCGAGGGUCAAUCCCCACUCACGGCAGGGCGCGCUCAUGCACCAGCCACCUUCCGAGCUCAGCCUCGGAGCCCGUUCAGACCCAGCAGCCCUGUUCCCUGAAGGGAUCUUUGUCUUCGGAUAACAUUUACGGUGGACUCCACGGAGACGCCACCGGCACACAAGCUCCUCCCGGACAAGGCUGGUCUAAUUGCCCUCAAACAUCUGAGAGAGUGACCUAUAAAUCGAGUAGCAAGCCGAGAGCUAGAUUUCUCAGUGGGCCUGUGUCUUUGUCUAUCUGGUCAACACUGAAGCGUCUUUGUCUUGGUAAAGAACGUGGCAACAGGCCGGCAGCCGGGCAAGGGGCCCAGCAGCCGCCUACAGGUGCAACUCCUCCUUCCCAUCAGCCUGUGAUGGGACUGGCCCAAGCUCAGACCAAUAACAGCAACAACAAGAGCGGCACGUACGCCGGUGAAAACAACCUCCCAGAAGACUGGCAGCGGCUGAUAGAGGACUGGGCCCAGGAGGUUCUAAUCGUCACCCACAGGUCGCGCACUGAUUCUCUGAGCAUCAUCGGGCAGCAGCUCUGGAAUCGGGCCGGGCCUCCGACGCGUGGACAGCUGUCCAGUGCUUCAGAUGUAUCAUGGACAGCUCCAGGUCCAGAGGCCUGCAGUCUCCCCCCGUCGUGGCCUGACGACCCGCGGUCGUCAAUGACGACCCCCCUGCCCACGGGCCCCCACCCGGCUCGGUUCAGGGCCUCGUCCCUGCCUCGCUCCGCCAGCGAGUGGCCCGCGUGGCUCCUGCCGCUUCCUUCGGGAGUCUUGGCCUUCUCUGCCGUGCCCUCGGCCCAGUACCCCGCCGGCCCCGUCCCGACCCCCUCGUGUCAGCCCCCCGACCCCAAAGCCAGGACUCUCUAACCCGAGUAGCAUUGUGUCUUCCAACUCCGUUACCAAAAAGAAAUGUCAUCAGAGGUCCAGUCCAUUCUAUGUGAAUAGACUGUAUAUAUUUAACAGGCAUGUAUCUAAUCAUAUGUACAGACUCGUCUCCAUUAUCUGCUGUGUGUUUUUUUUAUUUAACAUACCUCGUGUCCAUAUUACAGUACACGAUCCUUAAGAGCAGAUUUCUGUUAUUGCCUAGAAAUGUACCAUCCACCCAUUGAAUGUUCAUACUGUAGCAUUUGUGUGUAUAUAUAUAUAUAUAUAUUUAUACUGAUUAUUUGCUGUUGGUCAGUACAUAGCUCUAGUGUUCAUACAGUCGACAUCCAUUGGUUGGUGCUGCAGAUGCUUGUCUUUAUGCGACACAUUAGCUGAAAUCAUGCCGUCACUGUGAAGACUUCAUCCUGGUCACAAGGACCAGUCGCUUUACUCUGCUCUCUUAGUCCAAGGAUAGAUUUCAUUCUUCAUUAAUUAAAUGCUUCCAAGCACAAGCACUUGAAAUAUCCUUAAGAGAUUUGAAUGAAGUUCAAUUUUGUCUUCAGGUGAAGAGUGCCUUGAAUUGAGUUUCAGUUUUAUCAAGAAAAAGCAUUUAGAUUCAAAGCAGACUCCAAAUAUUCUAUAUGUGCUUUUCAACCCCAAAGGUAAAUUAUGUGAUUUGAAUGAGGAAUGAUGAUAGACACAUACUUACUCUAGCAACAAAGCGUAUCUAAACACUAUAAUCGGGUCAUUUCUGGUGUGUGCGCAGGUUGAAGUGAUCACUUUCAGGACCAUGUUGUAAAGAGACAACCUGUGAGUCAGCAUCAUGAUCAUACCGUACCUCUCCCCCUGCAGGCCGUAGCUUUACAUAUGGUUGCCUUCGUAGUUUUUACCAGAUAACUGCUGUGUGUUAAAUGUUGAUGAAGUGGAGACGAGAGAUGCAAAUGGAAAAUGUGAGUCAUUGACGAGGCUGUUUGAGAAAGCUGGUAGACAUGUUAUUUGUAUAAUAAUGUAUAGGUUUUCUAAAUGAUGUUCAUUUAACGCUGGCCUCAUCUGGCUCAUACAGCUAAUUGUAUGUACUACGGCGGACUUAAUUCAAAGAUCUCCAACCAAUAUUACGCAAUCACGCUAUCAGUUAUUUCAAUAGUGCUGCCUUAAAAAACUACACUUUCAACCCUCACUUCUCUUAUGUGACUUUUCUUUUUCCCUCUCGAGAAUAGUUUGUUGAAUGCAUUAAUAUGAUGACGCAACCGGGUAAAGCAAAGCAGUGGCAAGAAUCCGGGCCGUGAAGAAGUAGUUGUGGCGCAACGAUCCAGAAGGAGAACGGCUCCACAAACGCUGUAACCUGAUGUAACACAAUGCAAUUCAAUGGCAUCUUUGACGUUGCCUUUUAUAUCCAAAUGUUCAGAAACACAUUGUACGACUGUGUCACAUUGGAGGCGAUACCACUUGUUAACACAGUGUGACAAUAUUUUUAUUUAAACCGAAUAUUUUUGUUUAAGUGCAUCAUUUCUUACAUGUGGAAAUUUCAUUUUCUUUUUCAUGACAACAUUUCCGACGCAGCUGUGUUAGUCGUGCUUUACACAGUAAACCCCGUAUUUUAUCUCCUUUCUGCUUGCAAUGAAAGGCGCGUGCUUCCUUUUGUUUUCCACACCGAUCCCCGACCUCCAACGACCUCGUUUCACAAAAACUGUACAUAAUAAUAAAUUCAUUUUUGCCUGACACCAUACAGUCAAAUCAACA